CAAAUUGUACUAUCAAAAGAUAAGUUAGUUAUAAAGAAUCAACAUAGUCUCAAUUCUUCCCAAUCUUGCAGACACUUAUACCUAACCUCAUAUAGAAGAAGAAUGGAAUCUAUAGGAGUACUAAUGGCAUGUCCAAUGUCAUCAUACUUAGAACAACAACUCGACAAUCGAUUCAACCUCAUACGUUACUGGAACUUCUCCGACAAGAAACAAUUCAUCAACGACUACGCUCAUUCAAUACGUGCUGUUGUGGGCAACGCUGCUGCUGGUGCUGAUGCAGAGCUUAUCGAGGCGUUGCCUCAGCUAGAAAUUGUGGCUAGUUUCAGUGUUGGUUUAGAUAAGAUUGAUUUGAACAAGUGUAAAGAGAAGGGUAUUAGAGUGACUAAUACACCUGAUGUGUUAACUGAGGAUGUUGCUGAUCUUGCUAUUGGACUAAUGUUGGCUGUGCUUAGGAGGAUUUGCGAGUCUGAUCGAUAUGUUAAGAAGGGAUUGUGGAAGGCUGGUGAUUUCGAGUUGACUUCUAAGUUUAGUGGAAAAAGAGUUGGUAUCAUAGGAUUAGGGAGGAUUGGCUUAGCAAUUGCAAAGAGAGCAGAGGCUUUUGAUUGUCUAAUCAGUUACUACGCGCGAUCAGAAAAGGCAAAUACAAAUUACAAAUACUAUCCAACUGUAGUAGAACUGGCUACCAACUGUGAGAUCCUGGUCGUGGCGUGUGCACUAACUCCUGAGACUCGUUACAUUGUCAACCGUGAUGUGAUUGAUGCAUUAGGUGCAAAAGGGAUUCUUAUCAACAUUGGAAGGGGACCUCAUGUUGAUGAAAAAGAGAUGGUAUCUGCUCUUCUUGAUGGUCGAUUAGGGGGCGCUGGCCUUGAUGUGUUUGAGAAUGAACCUGAAGUACCUGAUAAGCUGUUUGGCAUGGAGAAUGUGGUCUUGUUGCCUCAUGUAGCUAGUGGUACAGAGGAAACACGCGAGUCGAUGGCUGACAUUGUCAUUGGUAACUUAGAAGCUCACUUUCAGAACAAACCACUGUCAACUCCAGUAGUUUAUUACUCGCAAAAAGCCAAUUGGUGUGCAACAACGCCCAAGUUCAUAAUGGCGAUGGCGAAAAUAGGAGUAUUGAUGACAUGCCCAAUGUUAUCUUACCUAGAAGAAGAGCUCAACAAGCGUUUCAAUCUCUUCAGAUUCUGGGAAGCUUCUUCUAAGUCUGAGUUCUUCACUCGGAACAGUGACUCAGUCCGAGCUGUUGUGGGAAACGCAUUUUUUGGUGCUGAAUCGGAGCUCAUGGAUGCAUUGCCAAACUUGGAAAUUGUAUCAUCUUACAGUGUGGGUUUGGAUAAGAUUGAUUUGGUAAAGUGUAAAGAGAGAGGGAUUAGAGUUACUAAUACUCCCGAUGUGCUCACUGAUGAUGUAGCCGAUGCAGCGAUUGGACUGAUAUUAACCACUUUGAGGAGAAUUUGUGUUGCUGAUGGAUUUGUUAGACGCGGGUUAUGGAAAAAUGGCGAUUUCGAGUUGACAUCAAAGUUCAGUGGUAAAUUAGUUGGCAUAAUUGGAUUGGGCAGAAUUGGUUCAGCAAUAGCAAAGAGAGCUGAAGCUUUUGGAUGCCCCAUUAGCUACCACUCCAGAUCCAAGAAACCAAACUUAAACUACAAAUACUACUCUACUGUGGUUGAUUUGGCUGCAAGUUCUGAAAUCCUUAUUGUUGCAUGUGCUUUGACUGAAGAAACCCGAGACAUAGUCAAUCGUAAAGUGCUUGAUGCAUUAGGUCCAAAGGGCAUCUUAAUCAACAUAGGACGAGGUGCACAUGUAGAUGAAUCUGAACUUGUAGCUGCACUGAUUGAAGGUCGUAUUGGUGGGGCCGGUCUGGAUGUUUAUCAGACAGAACCAGAGGUUCCUGAACAAUUGUUCGGACUUGAGAAUGUUGUUCUAUUGUCCCAUGCUGCAAGUGAUACAGUAGAAACUUGCACAGCCAUGGCAGACCUUGUUAUUGCAAACUUGGAAGCUCAUUUUCUUCACAAACCAUUGUUGACUCCUGUGCUCUGAACAUGUUCAUUCAUCAGUGCUUGCUGGGCAAUCAUCAAGAGUUGGAUCUUUGAACUCAUUGAACAUUUCCAAGAUUCUGGAAUUGUAUUCUUUUUUCUUUGAUGAUGAUAUCAAGUUGUGCAUUUGACUUUCAAAACCAAAACUUUGAAGGAUGGGUUUUAUUCUGC